CGGUUCGCUUUCCUUUCCUUUAGCGUUUCUUAAAUUAAACCGCGCUCCGCGAAUACUGUUGCUGGAGGCAGUGGGAUCGUGUGGCGCCGCGGGCUUAAGGCGGUGAGGUGUCCGUUCCAGAUGCCGGAGGAGACCCAGACACAGGACCAGCCCAUGGAGGAGGAGGAGGUGGAGACGUUCGCCUUCCAGGCGGAAAUAGCCCAGUUGAUGUCCCUGAUCAUCAACACUUUCUACUCGAACAAAGAGAUUUUCCUGAGGGAGCUGAUUUCAAAUUCGUCAGAUGCUCUGGACAAAAUUAGGUAUGAAAGUCUGACAGAUCCCAGUAAGCUGGAUUCUGGCAAGGAACUGCACAUUAAUCUUAUUCCAAACAAGCAAGAUCGCACCCUCACAAUCGUGGAUACUGGGAUCGGAAUGACGAAGGCCGACUUGAUCAAUAACCUGGGCACCAUCGCCAAGUCAGGGACCAAGGCCUUCAUGGAGGCUUUGCAGGCUGGCGCUGACAUCUCCAUGAUUGGCCAGUUUGGUGUGGGUUUCUACUCUGCAUACUUGGUUGCUGAGAAAGUGACUGUGAUCACCAAGCAUAACGAUGAUGAGCAGUAUGCCUGGGAAUCUUCAGCAGGCGGGUCCUUCACAGUGAGGACCGAUACAGGUGAACCUAUGGGCCGAGGAACAAAGGUUAUCCUGCAUCUGAAAGAAGACCAAACCGAGUACUUAGAAGAAAGAAGAAUAAAAGAGAUUGUGAAGAAACAUUCUCAGUUUAUUGGCUAUCCUAUUACUCUCUUUGUGGAGAAGGAAAGAGAUAAAGAAGUGAGUGAUGAUGAGGCUGAAGAAAAGGAGGAUAAAGAGGAAGAUAAAGAAAAAGAAGAAAAGGAGUCUGAUGACAAACCUGAAAUAGAAGAUGUUGGUUCUGAUGAGGAAGAAGAAGAAAAGAAGGAUGGUGACAAGAAGAAGAAGAAGAAGAUUAAAGAAAAGUACAUUGAUCAAGAAGAACUGAACAAAACAAAGCCCAUUUGGACCAGAAACCCUGAUGAUAUUACUAAUGAGGAGUACGGAGAGUUCUAUAAGAGCUUGACCAAUGAUUGGGAGGAUCACUUAGCGGUGAAGCAUUUUUCUGUAGAAGGACAGUUAGAAUUCAGGGCUCUUCUUUUUGUCCCACGACGAGCUCCUUUUGACCUAUUUGAAAACAGAAAGAAGAAGAACAACAUUAAGUUGUAUGUCCGCAGAGUUUUCAUCAUGGAUAACUGUGAGGAGCUGAUCCCUGAAUACCUGAAUUUCAUCAGAGGGGUGGUGGACUCUGAGGAUCUCCCUCUAAAUAUUUCCCGUGAAAUGUUGCAACAAAGCAAAAUUCUUAAAGUGAUCAGAAAGAAUUUGGUCAAAAAGUGCUUAGAAUUGUUUACUGAACUGGCAGAAGAUAAGGAAAACUACAAGAAGUUCUAUGAGCAGUUUUCUAAGAAUAUAAAGCUUGGAAUACAUGAAGAUUCUCAGAAUCGGAAGAAGCUUUCAGAGCUGUUACGUUACUACACAUCUGCUUCUGGGGAUGAGAUGGUUUCUUUGAAGGACUAUUGUACUAGGAUGAAGGAGAACCAGAAGCACAUCUAUUACAUCACAGGUGAAACCAAGGACCAGGUAGCUAACUCUGCCUUUGUGGAACGCCUUCGGAAGCAUGGCUUAGAAGUGAUCUAUAUGAUCGAACCCAUCGACGAGUACUGUGUCCAGCAGCUGAAGGAGUUUGAAGGGAAAACUUUAGUGUCGGUCACCAAAGAGGGCUUGGAACUGCCAGAAGAUGAAGAGGAGAAAAAGAAACAGGAAGAGAAAAAGACAAAGUUUGAAAACCUCUGCAAGAUCAUGAAAGACAUUUUGGAGAAAAAGGUUGAAAAGGUGGUGGUGUCAAACCGAUUGGUGACUUCCCCGUGCUGUAUUGUCACGAGCACGUAUGGCUGGACGGCAAACAUGGAGAGAAUCAUGAAAGCCCAAGCCCUAAGAGACAACUCAACGAUGGGUUACAUGGCAGCAAAGAAGCACCUGGAGAUCAAUCCUGACCACUCCAUCAUUGAGACCUUGAGGCAAAAGGCUGAGGCUGACAAGAACGACAAGUCUGUAAAGGAUCUCGUCAUCUUGCUUUAUGAAACGGCGCUCCUGUCCUCUGGCUUCAGUCUGGAGGACCCCCAGACACAUGCAAACAGGAUCUACAGGAUGAUCAAGCUGGGGCUUGGUAUUGAUGAGGAUGACCCUACUGCUGAUGAAUCCACUGCUGCUGUCACUGAAGAGAUGCCACCCCUCGAAGGAGAUGACGACACGUCACGCAUGGAAGAAGUAGACUAAGCUCUGUCUGACAAAAUGGCUCGGAUGUGUGCUCAGUACUCUACCUUCAUUCUUGCUGAUAAUAUAUUUUCAAGGGUUUUCUUCUUGUUAACACUUACGUCUGUAUGGCAUGAUAACUGCUUAAGGGGAGGAUAAGAUUUCUUUCUACUUUUAAGUGAUACUGUGAUACUUUAGCCACUAAAGCAGAGCUAGCAGUGCUUUUUCACUUUGGUUUAACAGGUUGAGAUGUUUGUGGUAAAGACCUGUAACUUACUGUUGACUUUGUGAGAUCUAAAGUGUUUAGUUUCCAAGCCAAAUUGCUUAGUAGACCAAAUCUGUCACAAGUGUUUGCUCUCUUGAUGUUUAUGUUUAAAGGAAUAUUUGUUACAAUAGCUUGAGUUUUCAUCUUGUAGGACCUACUUUUUAAAAUGUUUUCCCUCUGUAGUUUCAAUUCUGCAUGUACUAGGCUUCUAGAAUAAGUUAAACAACUAGAUGGCAGAAACUCUAUGGGACUUGUUUUCCAAAGAAAUGUAUUGUUCAGAGGAAUAAAGCUAAACUUCCUAGGAAUACUGCAA